GUUUCAACAUUUGUACUGGUUUUGUUGUAUCAUGUUUGAACUGUGCAGGGUAACUGGACGCUGGAAUACACCAAACUUAAGGCUAAGAUUGAGCUUUUACAGAGGAACCAUAGGCACUAUAUGGGGCAAGAUCUGGAUUCAUUGAACCUCAAAGAGCUUCAAAAUAUGGAGCAACAGCUCGAUACUGCUCUCAAGCACAUAAGAUCAAGAAGAAAUCAACUCUUGCAUGAGUCAAUAUCUGAGCUGCAGAGAAAGGAGAAAGCAAUUCAAGAGCAAAACUACAUGCUAGAAAAGAAGAUCAAGGAGAAGGAGAAGCCAAUGACACAUCAAACGUUUUGGGAGCAACAAAACCAUGGCCCUAGCUCAUCAGCAUUCCUCUUUCCACAGCCACUUCCCUGCCUAAACAUGGGUGGAGCUUACCCGGAAGAACCACCAGAAGUUCGGAGGAAUGAGCUCGAUCUCACUCUUGAACCAUUAUAUCCAUUCCACCUUGGAUGCUUCGCCGCAUGAAUGACUCAAACAAUGACAUAAUUGGCUAUAGAUUUUUGGUUUCUAUGUGAAUAUCCACAAAGUAGAUUCAAGUAAGAGAAAGAAGAUGGCACCCCGUUAUCCUAUAUGUAAGUGUCUGUCUUUCUUGUUGAAGAAAGAGAACCUUGAGCCAUUACUGAAAUGUUAUGCUUAUGUUUCAACUAUUUAUGCAUGUAACCUCUUCCUUAUAAAGCAAU